GGACAGUGCAUGUCGAUCUCCGUCUUCACGGCAUGAGCUGCUCGGAGAGAGGAGGAGCCGCAACCGGUGCAUCGUAUAUCGACUCAACUAGUAAUCUGAGGUUGCCCCGAUUGUCUGCUGCUGCCCACACCAUGAAACAAAAACGAUGGUGCACCCAUCAGCCCGCUUCGUACGAAUGAAACAGAGUCGUCGUCGAAUGGGAUCAUCGUGGACCGAGCAUUAAAUGAAAGCGUAUGGAUUUAACUGUAGGCUGAAUUGUGUUUACGGGAGCAGUUUGUUGCCCCGUGUGGAUUUGACGUCUGUGUGGAUGUUCAGGAAAAAACAAGUAAAAGAGGUUGCCAUUAUUGUCCUGGAAGAUGGAUUGCUUCGCUGAAUGGGAGAAGUACCCGAUGUGUGACAUCACAUCAGAGAGCAUUCUACUCUGAGUUGGUUUGCCCAAGUGUUGCAGCUUCCUUCAAGCUGCUCUGCAUCUAAUCUGCCUCAAAAUGGAUGCUUUUGUGAAUCCUGAGCUCAGAGAAGAUGUAAAUGACUGUUCGAUCAAGGUUGAAAACCUUGCGAAGCAAGUCAUAUUCAAAGGCCUUGCCCCUAGGGUCAUAUUGUCCAACCAUUUUCUUCAUAAGGGAACCAAGGCAAAGGUAAACCUUGAGGAACAGGGCCGACAGAAAGUCUCCUUCAGCUUCACGCAGAUUAAGAAACCACGUCAGAACUUAUUUCUAACCCCACCAAGCCCCGAGAAAUCUACAAGUGAACGCUCUUCACUGCAAGCUGGGACCUUAACCACUUCCGAUCUUGCUGGACAAAGCGAUGAAACCAAGAAUGUGGAUACAAAUUAUCCUACAGUGGGCGAGUCCCUGACAACACACCCCUCAGUAUCCUUCCCAGUCAAAUCAAAACAUGAUCUUGGAAAGAUGCAUUUUAAGAAACAGAUCCUCGGUGUGACUGUUGUUGAGGAUAACUCGAUUGUCAGCACUGAGUCAGCAGAGAUUUUGGAGCCAGCGGUCUUGGAGUCAGACAAAAUUAGAUCUUUAGCCAAGGCUGAAACUGAAACCAUAUUGCAACAGUCUCACAAGAACUCUGUCAUUGAUAAUUCUUCUGAUAAAGUUCUGAAAUAUGGAAAACCUCAGGAUAAAUUAGACUCUUGCCUUAAGGGUUCUGUUUCUUCCCAAAUUAGAAAGGAAGAUGCAGAUUGUUCCAUUAUAUCUGAGCAUGAGGAUGGCAGAAAAUUCCAUCCCCGAUUGGACAGCACUCUUCCAGGUUCAGAGUCUGAUGGGGAUUCAAUCCAGACAUCCUCUAGCCAAAAGUCUAGUAGUCUGAGAAAUAUAGUAAAAACUGAAUGCCAGAGUAAAGCAACCAAAAGAUCCUAUAAUUCAAAAACGGAGGAGUCUGAAAAAUCAAGGUCCGAUAGGAAAGACGACGACGACAAGGAGUCUAGUCGUUCAAAAGCUGAUCGUGACUUCAGGCACAUAUCGUCAAGAUCUUCUCGUUCUGACAGAGACAGAAGGAGGACCAAAAGUCGGUCACGGUCUAGAUCUCGAGGUUGUAGAACUAGUUCUUAUUCCAGAUCUGAGAGAUCAAGGAGUGACAGACAGUUAAGGUCAGAUAGAUCACAUUACCAUGAUUCUGAGAGGAGGUUCCAUAGAAGUUCUCCACAUCGAGAAACGAGAAACUCGCGUUCUCGAACCGAUGGCCGAUCUCGUGAUAGCUCGGACUCUGAGGACGACCACAGACGGACAAGGAAUCGAGGUAGUGACACAAGCCGAUCCUCCGCUUACUCUAGCUCACAAAAAGAUUCAAAAUCAUCUUCUCACUCCAGAUCCCACAGGGACUCAAAACCCACAGACUGUUCUCGAGUCAGAGAACAAUCAGAGUCGGACAAAAGAUCACAGCAUUCGAAAUCAGAACGGUCUUAUAGACGAUCUGGUGGCUCAGAAUCCAAUAAAAAGAGCUCUCCUGAAGCAGAAGUUGUUGACAGGAAAUCCAGUACCCAUUCGAAAUCUGAGAUCAAUACUAAAACCUCUAAUUCCAACUCAGCUACCUCAUCACAAACAUCUGAGAAGAAGGUCCAGAAAAAUAGUGGCAGUUCUGACUCUGAUGAAGAUCAUAGACAAAAAUCUCAAUCACAAGGGUCAGAGAGGUCAUUUGGAUCUGGUACAUCCUCCAGAAAAACAGGUACAGCAGACAACAAGACUUUAAAUAAAGUAGCUGGAACAGAGAGACAAUCAACAGACAGAUUAAGUAAUGAUACAAAACAGUCACAGUUAGUUUCCAGUCAAGUUGUUCCUCAGAGGGAAUGCAGCAGAGUUGGUUCUGAACCUUUGUAUGAUAACUGCACUAAUUCUAAACACAGUUUUCAACCAGUGCAUGAUGAUUCAAACAAACUUAAUUUGGUCGCAACUCAAACCGAGCAUCAACAACCAAACCAAGAUCUUAGCAGUUUUGGAAAGUCCACAAAUGGCCCUGAGAGUCACAAGACAGUUGAGACAUUGAAGGAAUCAAGUUCUAUGACAAGUACAAGUCUGAGUGGUCCUGUAAAGCAAAUUGAGACUCCAGUCCAGAGAGAUGCUCUGACAGAAGAACAGACUGAGCCAUUUUUUGCAGGCCACACUCCUGUUCAGGUUUCUGUAGAAUCCCUGGCAGACCCUCUUUCCGUGAAAGAAUUAGCACCUGGAGGAUGCCUGAAAUUAAACACUAAACUGGAUGGGUCAUCGCUACUCAUUAGUAAAAUCAGUACGUCUGUCACACCAAGUUCUAAAUCUUGUGAAAAUGAUUCUAAGCAGCUCAGUGUGAAGCCUGAAAAACCUUAUAGUGAGAAUUUGAAAAGAGAUGGUAGUUCUAAAAAAUCACGAUGGGACAUUGUUGGUCAAGAUGUUUCAGAAUCAAAAUCUGAUGAUCAAAACUUGGUGAGUGCAGAUGUUUCUGCUAUGAAAAUGGUCAUUUCAGCGAGGAAAAUAGAGUUCAGCAAUGAUGCAAACCCUGAUGAAUCUUAUAAACAAAAACAGAACUCUGAAGUACAUUCUAAAAAAUCUAUAGAAGAACACAACAGAGAAAUUACCUCUGUUGAAUUUAGUGAAACAAUAAGUUCUCAUCCAUCUGACCUUGGAACCCAACAUAAUCAUGAUGAACAUAUUGUCAAACCGCUUGUAAAUCAGGUUUUUGAAAUUCCUAGUGAUCAUCUUAAUGAUGAGCAAAUCAAUGUAGACAAACCUAAGCCUGAAACUCAUGACCACGAUCAGUUAAACCAUCAUGGUAAAUGUGAGUACAGUGACAGUGAAGAUUCUGACUCUGAUUUAGAUGAUGGACAGGUCUCAAAGCGGUUACACUCAGUGGUCGUUGUGCCAAAAAAUUCAACUAUUGCUCUUGAGAACGACGUGACUGAACCGUCUCCCGGAGCCUCCGUAUUCCCUGGCCAACAGCAGCUAACAGCACAAAUGGUUGGUACAGAUGAAGACAUCAAUAGGGAGUUUGCUUAUGAAUUUAACUCUCAGCCAAAGCUUGAAGAAUUAUCUACUCCACUCUUUAAGGCCGGUGAACAAACUGCAAUGCAAAGUGCAGAUGUUAAAUGUCAAUCUACUUGCUCUGCCAGUGUGCCGUACCAAUCGCAGAGCAACAUGGUUGACAGCACCAGCCAUUCAGAGGCCACCAAUCCUCAUGUGGACAAGAACUGGAAUGCCCAAGAAAGACCAAAUGUCUAUGCCCAAAUGAGCCAAGCUUCUGUUCAGAAUUCUGAGAAAAUAUGCAACAUGAAAUUGGCUCACCAUCAGUACCUUGAAAGUCUAGAUAUUUGGAAUGGAAGGAAAGGAGUUAAACAGCUGUAUGGGAACUCCGAUGACUUUAGUGAUGGGAAGGUUUAUAACUUGGGCUGGGACUUUAACCAGUCAGAACUGCCCAGCAGUACAUUUCAGCAACCGGACAGCAGUCAUGGCACUGAACGCCUGCCAAAGCUAGGAAUUGCUCUUUUUGAGAGCAUUCACAGACAAGAUUCAUGGGCUCAGCCUUCGAUCUCCAAUACCAGCAGACCAUUCAACAAGUAUGUGCCUUUUCAGUAUCAUGACUCGGUUAACCAGAUCCAUCCAGACUCGCUGACCAAUGACCAUGAUGAGGAAGGUGAGGAAAGGAUCAUGGGUCUUAAACGAGAAUCUGUCUUAUCUGCAGACCCUCCAGGGUCAUCUCCAUUUGUUCAAGCCCAUGAGAUAAGUAGCAAUUGUAGCUUCACCAUGGAGAGUCAGAACAUCUCAGAAGCUCCUAGAGAAGACCACCAAAAGCCUCAUAGAGGAAGGGGCCCUCCCAAGAAGAGACGUCAAGACUUUGAAUCUGAAUCGGAUAAUGAGGCAGAGGCUGGCUUAACCAGUAAAAGGGAGUGUUUGAAUGAGAGCUCAAGGGGUGCUAGAGAGACUAAGGAAACAAUUGAGCAAACUCAAGUGGCACGGCGGCCACUGCUCAGUCUAAAAAACUUCCAGGACCCAUUUGUGUGGAGGGAAAAGGCAAAACAGAAAAAGAUGCCACCUUACUUUGACCUCAUUGAAGAGAAUUUGUAUCUGACAGAACGCAAGAAGAAUAAGUCUCAUCGAGACAUCAAGCGAAUGCAGUGUGAAUGUGCCAUCCUCUCGAGAGAAGAGCGUUCCCGAGGAAUAAUGGCAUGUGGAGAGGACUGCCUCAAUCGCCUGCUAAUGAUUGAAUGCUCAUCCCGGUGUUUAAAUGGAGGAUAUUGCUCCAACCGACGCUUUCAAAUGAAACAGCAUGCAGACUUUGAGGUCAUUUUGACAGAGAGCAAAGGCUGGGGCUUACGAGCAGCCAAAGACCUACAGCCGAACACCUUUGUUUUAGAAUACUGUGGAGAAGUUUUGGAUCACCGGGAAUUUAAGGCACGGGUGAAGGAGUAUGCUCGAAACAAGAACAUUCACUAUUAUUUCAUGGCUUUGAAGAAUAAUGAGAUCAUUGAUGCCACGCUGAAAGGAAACUGUUCUCGUUUCAUGAAUCACAGCUGUGAACCCAACUGUGAGACUCAAAAAUGGACUGUGAAUGGCCAGCUCAGAGUUGGCUUUUUCACCACCAAAGCUGUUUUAGCUGGGACAGAGCUCACUUUUGAUUAUCAGUUCCAGAGAUAUGGGAAAGAGGCCCAGAAAUGUUUCUGUGGGGCUCCAAGCUGUCGUGGAUUAAUUGGUGGGGAAACUCGGGUCAGUGUGCGAGCAGCAGGUGGGAAGAAACAGAAAGAACGUUCACGGAAAAAAGAAACUGACAGUGGUCUUACCACGUUGGAUGAGGAGCUGGAGGCUCUGCAGGAGAACGGAGAAGGCUUAUGUGGAGAGAAAGAUGUAAUCUCACUCUGCAGGCUCAUGGUGCGAGUGGAGACGAUGGAGCAACGACUCACCUGCCUUAAACUCAUCAAGAAUACCCAGAAUCCCUUGUGUCUGAAGCAGUUUUUGGAUCACCAUGGCCUUUCACUGCUGUGGAUAUUUAUGGUUGAACUUUCUGAGGCUAAGAGCAACUCUGUAAACAACAUUAAACUACAGUUGGAGAUAAUGAAAGCACUAGCAGUUCUGCCCAUCUCUACGAAAAACAUGCUGGAGGAGAGCCGUGUGCUGCAGUUUAUCCAGCGCUGGGCUCAGAGCCGGCCACUUAGCCAACCUGCAGAACAGGAUGGCUACUCCAGUGAGAGCACCUCACGUGCCCAAACCCCACUCAACACCCCUGAUGGUCCACCAGCUAAGCUGGCCACUGAGAUGGACGGAGACACUCCCAAGCGGGCAGUCUACCGUAGAUUGAAGAUUAUCAGUGAGAACAGUGUGGACAGUGCCCUUUCAGAUACCAGUAAGGCUUCGGAUGGGAAAGAGGAGGAGGAGGAUGAGGAAGACAUGGAGGAUGAGUCUUCACAGUUGGAACCCACGAUUGAUAGGUCAGUGAAGGUGGAAAGCAUUGAAGCACCUGGUGAGAAUCAAGCCAAGGUUGAGCCCGUGUUAAAAGGGGAAAUGCCUGAGGGUGGAGAGAUCAUGCUUUCAAGGUCCAAAGUAAUAGUUGGUGAGGGAGAGACACUCAACGCACAAGAAUCUGAAGUGCAACUGCUCUGUGAGAGUGAGGAACAACCCUCCACUCAGGGUGAUGAGAAGCUGGCGGAAGAGCCCGAGAGUCAGGAGGUGGCGGAAGAGCCCGAGGGUCAGGAGGUGGCGGAAGAGCCCGAGGGUCAGGAGGUGGCGGAAGAGCCCGAGGGUCAGGAGGUGGCGGGAGAGCCCGAGGGUCAGGAGGUGGCGGGAGAGCCCGAGGGUCAGGAGGUGGCGGGAGAGCCCGAGGGUCAGGAGGCUGGAACUUUGGCUGUUCCAGCAGAGGGUGCUGCAGUGGGGACACCCUCACAAGAUGAGGAAGAGGUCCUAUCUGAUGUAGAGAGUGAGCGGAGUCAGGAGCCACAAGUCCGGGCUUCUGAUAUUAGUGACAUGGCUGCCCGUCUGCUGGAAAGCUGGAAAGACUUAAAGGAGGUUUACAGGAUACCAAAGAAGAGCCAGGUUGAAAAAGAGUCAAAUGAUCGCAGUCGAGAUCGUGAAGCACUGAUGACCCCUCGGACGCCUUCAAGCAGUCGAGAGAGAGAGCGAGAAAGAGAGAGGGAGCGUGAUCGAGAACGGGAAAGAGACUGGGAGCGUGAGCGGGAUUGGGACCGUGAGCGGGAUGGAGAGAGAUCGACCAUUCGUAGUGCAGAUAGGAAAAGGCGACGAGGCUCCACCUCCCCUCUGCCGCCUUCAGUUUAUGAGAGGAGCAACCGCAGAAAUGAUGACCGUUAUGAACAGGCCAACAGCAGCAAGAAGAAACUGCACUCGAAAGAGUCUCGUAACAAGCUGUCGACAGAGGAACGACGAAAGCUCUUUGAGCAGGAAGUGGCUCAGCGUGAGGCCCAGAAACAGCAGCAACAACAACAACAGCAGCAACAACAACAUCAGCAACAACUGCAGACUCUUGCAUUCCACCCACUGGCCUACACCUCCAGUCCAAGCUUCAUGUCCUACCCACCCGGAUACCCUAUCCAGACCUAUGUGGAUCCCACCAAUCCCAACGCAGGCAAAGUGCUCUUGCCCACACCUGCUGUGGAGCCUCUCUGUGUCACCCCAACAGCUGGUGGUGCUGCUGUUACCUUUGAACAAACACCUACUCAACCUAUAAUUUCAGAUUUAGGUCUAGCCUCACCCUCUUCCACCACCCAGGCCAUACCUACCUCCAGUUUGGCACACAUACCUACUUCUCUGGAGCUUUCUUCAGGCACACAGACUCAGCAGUUUGUCCAGCCUGCUGUGCCUGCGCAGGACCUGAGCUUAUCUGUCCUGUCCGUGCCUGUGCAAACAGCCAGUCCACAGAUCCAGAGUCAGCAGGGCUACACCACACUCUGGGACCCCAACACACAGCAAGCAGUUACUGUGCAGACACAGCCGACCCAGCAGUAUUCCACGACCGCACAGCCUCAGACUGCCAUCUACUACCAGGGUCAGCCCUGCCAAACCAUCUAUAGCAUUCCUGCCGGCUACCCACAGACCAACACUCCUGUCAUACAGACAUACACUGAGCCAGCCACCAGCUACUUGCAUGGUCAGCCGGUGUACACUGGUCAUCAGCAGGGUGUGGUUGUGCAGCAGGGAGGCACCGUCACAACAAUCGUCACAUCUCAAACAGUUCAACAGGAAAUGAUCGUACCCAACAGCAUUAUUGACCUUCCACCCCCCUCUCCUCCCAAACCUAAAACCAUUGUCCUGCCUCCCAGCUGGAAGGUGGCACGAGAUCCAGAGGGCAGAAUAUAUUACUACCACAUCAUCACCAGGCAAACACAAUGGGAUCCUCCCAGCUGGGACGGGACAACAGAGGAGGCCAGUGUGGAACAUGAGGCUGAGAUGGACCUAGGGACGCCCACGUACGAUGAAAAUCCCUCAAAGUUCUCUACAAAGACAGCUGAGGCGGACACAUCCAGUGAGCUAGCCAAAAAAAGCAAAGAUGUCUUCCGCAAGGAGAUGUCACAGUUUAUUGUGCAAUGCCUUAAUCCAUACCGCAAACCAGAUUGCAAGCUGGGCCGUAUCAGUAACACAGAUGACUUCAAACAUCUUGCUAGGAAGCUGACUCACGGGGUAAUGAACAAGGAACUGAAGUCUUGCAAUAACCCUGAAGAUCUUGAAUGUAACGAGAACGUCAAACAUAAGACCAAGGAGUACAUCAAGAAGUACAUGCAGAAGUUUGGCUCUGUGUACCGGCCCAAGGAAGACACAGAGCUGGACUAACUAGGCUCAAGCAAACCCAGGAACCUCCUGGCAACUCUUUUUCAACUGACACCACCGGCUCUGAGUGGCUGGCCUGAACAUUUGUUGGCGCAUCUGGCAGGAUGGCUCCAGAGCAAACUGUUUGUUCCAAUUACUUUCUUACCAUGUCCUUAAUGCCCACAGGCAAACAGGAAACUGCUGCGGUUUGAAGUGCAGAGGACACACCGAGGGUGCUACACAGACUUCUUCCCAGAUUUCAUGAUCUUUUUAGUCUCUUUAACACUGUCUUCUCAAAAUUACCUUAAAGGCAAUGCAUUCAGUCUCAUCACCUUGACAAGGCAAAUAAUCUUCAACUCUAUUAUAGAUUAUAGUUCUUUGUGAGAUGACUUGUGAAGAAAGACAAAAGAAUAAGUGGACCAUUAUAAUCCUUUUCCCCUGCCACCUCACGCUGUUACUGUAGUUGUGUUACCAAGGGCUUUUGUAAGUUUGGCUGCUCUGCAUAAAUUUCCAGAUCUUCAUUGAUAUUAGUCGAGGAUGAUGAAGGAAUGCCAUGAACUUCUGGCUUUGCAGUUCAGACAGAUGCUAAGGAUUUUGUAAUGUCUCAGAAGUGAACCUAUACAUGUGUCCAACUACCCACAUAACUGGUUGUCGUCUUCUUGGACUCACUGGCCAAGUGUUAUGCUCAACAUUGUUUUUAUGAUUUUUAGACUAUGGAAUAUAAUUACGUGGAAGUGUGCAGGUAUGUAAUCUAACCCCAUUUUCUCUUGUCCCUUUUUUCCUCUUGCCUUGGGGGGGAGGUUAUGUAGCAACGAUAUUUUAUUAAGGUCUUUCACACUGUUUUUACUUUAGCAUUUUUAUUCAUGUCGGAAUGGCAUAUGUGAAGCCCUCCAGGAAAUUUGUAGCUUAUUUCUGUGGCCCUCAUGUAAGGAUUGAUCAGGUUUACUGUCCCAUAAGCUCUCGCUAUUAAUCAACUCAUCCCACUUUAUUAACCUGCAUUAAAUCUGUUUCCAAAACAUGUAUUAUAUUGCUUUAUAUGUGAAUAUAUUGAGAGUUAGUUUUUGAGACCAUUAGCAGAGACUUUGUGAAAGGACUGUGGGGGUCCACGAUUUCUUGUGUACAUAUGUGUAAUUAUACCAAACCGGAAAAUGGGAUUAGAUGGACGUGAAUAGAUCAGAGUCCUCAUUCCCGUCAGCGUGGCUCCGGUGUUCCUACGGUAAGCAGGAUUCCAAACUCUCCCACUGCUCUGUAUGUUGGGUUGGGUUUUAAUGGUGGGGGUGUCAUUAUCUUUUCUUUUUUCCUUUUUUCUUUCUCUGUAGAAAGACUUUGGAUCUUUUUUUAUGUAUAAAUGGGAGUCUCACCCCACUCCACUGUAAGUACUGUGCAAGCACAUUGUCAUACUGAGUGUAAAAACAUUUUAAGAUAAAAUAAACUGUUUUCUA